UGUAUCUCUUGUUUAUAUUCUAUUUUUUUUACUCAUCUUCUACGUCAUAUUCUAUCAUUUUAAGGCUCUACAUCAUAUUCUAUCAUUUGGAGGGUCCCAGCCAUUCUCCAACAUCUUCCUUUUUCUGAUCAACCCAAAUGCCCACACCUGUCUCUCCUAUAUAAACCACCAUUCCCCAACCCACAAAUCAACUACUCCUAAUUCAGCAUAUUAAUCCUUCUUUAAUUCACUCUCCAAAUCUCAAUCAGAUCAGAGUUAAUAAUAAAAGAAAUGAGUUCAAGAAGAACAUGGGUAGUAGCAGCAAGCAUAGCUGCAGUGGAAGCUUUAAAAGAUCAAAGGUAUUCUGGGUGGAAUUAUCCAAUCAAAUCUCUUCAACAAUAUGCACAUAACAAGUUCAGAUCAUAUUCUAAUGCUAGAACACUAUCUGCUGCUUCAACAUCUUCUGUACUUUGUAAUAAGAUUAUUAGAUCAGAUCAAAAACUUAAACAAUCUGAGGAUUCUCUUAAAAAUGUUAUGUACUUAAAUUGUUGGGGUCCUUCCUAAAUUAUCAAUAAACAGUUGCUGUUACUGCUGUAUAUAUUCUACUGAAUUUCUUUUACUCAUUACUCUCAUAUAUAUCGUUUCUAAAUUAUCAAUAAA